AAGACUUGAUGAUCAUGACGAUCGUAUUCUUUCGGCAAACACCUAUCGGAGAAAAUGAUCAGCAACAAACCUGCCAAAAAUUCCCAGAUCCAAGGAUCAAGUCCUACAAUGCCUGAAGAAAACAACAGGAGUAAAAUCAAGACACUUGAAAGAUGUUGCUACCUUCGGUUGUAUCAGUGACUUCUUCUGCAUAUCUUAGUGAAUCGUUUCGGAGCCUCAGUUUUUGGGACACGACAACAAUCAAAAGAUCUGGUUUGAUAACUGAUUAUUUUCAAGAUGUGUUCAAAUUUAAGACUAGCGCAAACAUAAACUUCUUCAGUAAUAUCUCAGAGACAUCCGAGUCAAACUUCACUUCAGCCAAUGAGCUUCUACUUUUCUCGAAUUCUAGCAACGAGACAAAUUUACCGGUACCUAAUCCAUCACCAUUUAGUCUGUGGUUAACUAUAUUUAUUGCUGUUGCUAUCGGACUUUGUAUCAUCUUGACCGUAGGUGGAAACGUACUUGUGCUUCUGGCGUUUGUACUUGAGCGAACUAUUCGCCAGCCUAGCAACUACUUUAUCGUCUCCUUGGCUAUUUCCGAUCUUCUCAUCGGUACAGUGUCCAUGCCUUUUUAUGCUGUGUACGUUCUUGUUGGACGCUGGGACCUAGGACCCAUCCCCUGUGACUUGUGGCUAGCUACUGACCACACCGUGUGUUUGGUGUCCAUCUACACCGUCCUUUUAAUUACUGUUGACCGCUAUUGCUCUGUAAAGAUUGCAGCGAAGUAUCGCGGCUGGCGAACCAGAGAAAAAGUCAUGUGGAUGGUAGCUAUAACUUGGAUUAUUCCGUUUCUCGUAUUUUUCAUUAGUAUUAUGGGAUGGGCAUAUUUUAUUGGCUACAGAGACCUCGCGCCUGGAGAAUGCGCUGUACAGUUUUUAAAAGAUCCAGUUUUCAAUACGUCUCUGAUAAUUGGAUACUUCUACGUAACUAUGGUCAUCCUGUUCGUGCUCUACACAGGAAUAUAUAAGACAGCUAGCGACAUGCAGAAGAAGUCUGCAGCCAAGCAGAAGAGGAUACAAUCACUAAUUGCAAUGACUAAUCUUUCAAAAGGGGACACAACUUGUGUGAACACUUCUAAAUCACAGAACGUCCUCCCGCAUCAGGACAAUACUACAAAGGUUAACAACAAUAUUGAGCAGCAUGAAGACGGAGAGUGUUUAUUAGGUACAGAUAAAUCGAAGGCGUGUGAUGUAGAUCAAGAAGAUUACUGCAGUAGCCCAGCAUUUGACUCUGACGACGACAGCAGCCACAGAUCAGCCAAACCUUCUAAACAACUCCGAUAUAAAAAACGCAAGACGAAACAUCGGCCUAAACUUGAGCGACAGCCAAAUAAGGGCAGCGACAGUAACAUAAGAAUUGAGGCAAGAGCUAUGGACAAAACAGGCUUAAUACUUAACCUUCCAGCUCCAAUUUAUAAGCCUAAAAAUGGUACCGAACGUAAGAUUGGUGAGGAACAAUCUACUCCAGAGACACCUGACGGAAACUUUGAGAAAACGGAAGCUACCAAACAACAGUCGCCUAAUUCAAUUGAAAUAAAAACUUUUAAAGAAUAUGGGGAUUUAUCUACGGAAGUAUGUAACAGAAAACCGUUUACGAACGACAAGGCAGUUAUCACUGAUCCUGUACUGUUUCUAAAUGAAGCUUUAAACCUCUCCUUUAGGAAAAAGAACACAUUACAAGUGGAAAGAGUUUCUGAAACUCAAACUAUCACACGUAUUGCUAGGAAUGAGGAGCUUCAACCAAUCAUCAACUACUACCAGGAGAACACUACUUCUAAUUCUCCAAUCAAAAAUUACUCCACACUUAGCACCAAAAGAGCUUUCGUCAAGACACUGGGAAGGAAAAUGAAGUCAAAAAAGAAAUCGUCUGAAAAAAGACGACAAUCAAAAUCCGAAAACAGGGCAAGAAAAGCACUUCGAACCAUUUCCUUUAUUCUGGGGGCAUUUGUUCUUUGUUGGACUCCUUACCACAUCUGCGCUUUGGUUGAAGGGUUUUGUAGAAAUCCAGAUGGCUGUGUAAAUUAUCACUUGUUCUAUUUGACAUAUUUUUUGUGCUACGCAAACAGCCCCAUCAACCCAUUCUGUUACGCCAUGGCCAAUCAGCAGUUUAAGAAAGCGUUUUAUCGUAUCCUCAACGGAGACUUCCACAGGACGUAG